CCUGGAGGGCUGUGGGCGGGGCGGCCACCAGUGGGCGUGGCCGGUGCCGGUUCGUGCCCCGCCCCGGGAGCCUAUCCCGCAGCCCGGGACCUCGGCCGCCCGGCUCCCUGCCACCCCUCCAUCAGCGCCUCGUCUGUCCGCGCGCCACCGAUGGCCAGGAAGGUGCUGUCGCUGCUGCCGCCGUUGCUGCUGGCUGCGGCGGGUCUCACCGGCCUCCUGCUGCUGUGUAUCCCAACCCGCGACAUCCGGGAGCCGCCCGCCCUCAAGUAUGGCAUUGUCCUGGACGCUGGCUCUUCCCACACAUCCAUGUUCAUCUACAAGUGGCCGACGGACAAGGAGAAUGACACUGGCAUUGUGGGCCAGCAUAGCUCCUGUGACGUGCGCGGUGGGGGCAUCUCCAGCUAUGCCAACAACCCUUCUGGGGCUGGUCAGAGUCUUGCUGAAUGCCUGGACCAGGCGCUCCGGGACGUGCCCAGGGAUAGACACAUGGGCACGCCCCUCUACCUGGGAGCCACCGCGGGCAUGCGCCUGCUCAACCUCACCAGUCCCAAGGCCUCAGCCAGCGUGCUCGCAGCUGUGACGCAGAAGCUGACCCAGUACCCCUUUGACUUCCGUGGUGCCCGCAUCCUCUCAGGCCAGGACGAGGGAGUAUUUGGCUGGGUGACCGCCAACUACCUGCUGGAGAACUUCAUCAAGUACGACUGGGUGGGCCGGUGGUUCCGGCCAAGGAAGGGGACGCUGGGGGCCAUGGACCUGGGGGGCGCCUCCACACAGAUCACCUUCGAGACGGCCAGCCCAGCUGAGGAUCCAGCCAAUGAGGUCCAGCUGCGGCUCUACGGUCAGCAGUACCGCGUCUACACCCACAGCUUCCUCUGCUAUGGCCGUGACCAGGUCCUCCAGAGGCUGCUGGCCAGUGCACUGCAGGCCCACAGCUUCCACCCCUGCUGGCCAACGGGCUAUUCCACCCAAGUGCUGCUCCAAGACGUGUAUCAGUCACCAUGCACCAUGGCCCAGAGGCCCCAGACCUUCAACAGCAGCAGCAGGGUCCACCUGUCGGGGAGCAGCAACCCUGCCCUCUGCCGCAGCCUCGUCUUGGGGCUCUUCAAUUUCUCCUCCUGCCGCUUCUCCCAAUGCUCCUUCAACAGCAUCUUCCAGCCCCCUGUCGCUGGGAACUUUAUUGGCUUCUCUGCUUUCUUCUACACCGUGGACUUCCUGAGGACUGUGAUGGGGUUGCCCGUGGCAACCAUGAAGCAACUGGAGGAUGCCACACUCACCCUCUGCAACCAGACAUGGAGUGAGCUGCAGGCUCGGGCGCCGAAUGAGGGAGCCCGCCUGUCCGACUACUGCGCCGGGGCCAUGUUCGUGCAGCAGCUGCUGAGUCGGGGCUACGGCUUCGACGAGCGCGCCUUUGGCGGGGUGACCUUCCAGAAGAAGGCGGGGGACACCGCGGUCGGCUGGGCGCUCGGCUACAUGCUGAACCUGACCAACCUGAUCCCCGCCGAGACGCCGAAGCUGCGCAAGGGCACGGACUUCGGCUCCUGGGUCGUCCUCCUCGUGCUCUUCGCCGUCUUGCUCCUGGCCGCGGUUGUCCUGCUGCUGCGCCAGGCGCGCUCCGCCAAGUCGCCGAGCGCCAUCUAGGGACUGGCUUGGGGCAGAUGCCCCAGCCCCAUCUACUCCCAUCCCUUACCCCACCAAACCCUCAGCAUCUCUGUCCCGAAUGCAGCCCCGAAACCGAGACCGGAUUUUAGCGCCCAUGCCCAUAGGGGGCCCGAAGUGGGCGAAGGGAACAGAAAACAGCCGCUUCAGCCCCCUCCAGCCUGGGCUCCGUUUCAAGGCCUCGUGCUCCUCCUCUUCCUAUUGGGGGUGGGCGAUUUAGACACCCCGCAGUCCUUAGCCUGUGACUGCAGGACUGGGUCUCCAGGAAGUGAAGCCUUUAUUCUGAUAAUUGGGGCCCUCAGAGACGCCCACCACCAUCCGGGUCUGUGUUGGGGAGCGGGCCAGAGCCCACAGGCUGGGAGCCAGCCCAGUGCCUACUUGUAAAAUUUUGUAAUAAAAAGUUUUUCCUAGAGCGGUGGAGACAAUGUUCAUGGGGUGGGGCACCUUUACUGUUGCCUGUCCUCCCUCCCCACAACUCUGUUGGUCAUGCAGGCCCGGGUCCAGACCUGGGGCGGUGCGGACCCCGCUUCCCUGCUCCACCCACCUUCGUGGCCUGGAGUCGCUGCCAGAUGGCUGGCCUGAGAGUCUCUGAGUCGCUUGAGACUUCUCGAGCUGGCACAACCCCUGCAGCACCCCUAGAUCUGCGUCAGUGUCCUAGGCCAGCCUAGAUGCUGGUUGCUCGCCUGGAGUUGGCCUGGGGCCGGGAAGAGCGGAGGUCGUGGGCUCUGGAGGUGCUAGGGUCCAGUCGGUGCUCGAAGAGACUGGUGGAGGGGCAAAC